GGGGGAGGGGGAGGCGCAGAGGCAGAUAGAAAAUUGUACUGUGAGGACCUUAGAAGCUUCAUAAGCGUCCCCCCCCCUUUUUUUUUCUUCUUUUCUUCUUUCUCUGAUUGGGGUGGGGGUGGCGCGGAGGAAGACGACUAUAAAGAGCUGCCCUUCUCUCUUGUUAGCCAUCUCUUGGCUAGCACAGAUAACCUGCAAGCAUGGGACUCCCCUGAGAGCCAGCAGAGGAAAAACCGACGCACGCAGAUGGCGGGGGGCAGAGCGCUCAGGCGACUUUUCGCUCGCUCUCGGCGCUCUCCCAGGCUCUGAACUCUAGGGCGCUGACUGUGAGAGGAACUGGAGUCCCCACUGGUUUAGGAGGAGGCAGUCGAUCGCGUCCGAGCUGGGGCUCUGUCCCUCCAGUGCAUUUGAUCAGGGGUUAUCUCGCUGCUGUCCGCUGCUUGCCUGCGCCUCUGACAGCGUGCGGGUGCGCGCACAGACCUCCCUCUCUGUCUUGGCUCUCCGAGCGCAUCUCUCCCGGAGCCUUCGUUCUCUUCUUGUCUUACCCGCCUUCCCUUUCCUCCCUUACAUCUCCCGGGUCUAUGCGAGGGAGUCCUUAAUUCUCUCUUCUCCUCUCUCCAGACCUGGGUUUCUGACUAGAUUCCCAUAUCAAAGGGACUGAGCGGUCCUCUCCUGGAAGAAACAGCUGUGGAGCCGCGGUCCCGCAGCGCGCGGUCUUUUCGGCAGGCGGCAGCUCAUCGCCAGUGGCUGGACAGUAAGCCCGGCAGGGACAUUCACUCGCGUCCGUGUCCGGAGCGUAGUGCGGAAGAGCAGACUCUGUCUUCUUCCCCCUUGCCUUCUUUUACCCUACACCGUCAAGACUCUGGCCCUUAAAUUACCUAGCCUUUCUUGACUUGGCUGCAGUCUGUCCUCUAUUCCUCUUCUUCCCUCUGGAAAGCAUGUCAGGCUCCGGGAGGAAAGACUUUGAUGUGAAACAUAUCUUGCGACUCCGCUGGAAACUCUUCAGUCACCCUUCCUCUUCCCCAGGCGGGCCGACGGGGGGCAGCUGUCUCCAGCAGGACAGCAGUGGGAGCUUUGAGCACUGGGGGCCAAGCCAGAGCCGUCUGCUGAAAAGCCAGGAGAGGGGCAGCGGGGGCACCUUCUGGAAAAAGCCAUCCUCUUCCUCGUCCUCUUCUUCCUCCUCUUCCUCCUCCUCUUCCUCCAACCUGCUCAAUGGCACCCCGUCCCCCGCUGCCACCAGACUGCAUCAAGGAUUACCUGGUCCGAGUCAGCAGAAUUCUCCCAGGACAGUCUUCUAUGUGGAGUCCCUGGAGGAAGAGGUGGUUCCAGGCAUGGAGUUUACUGGAGAACAUGAAAAGACCUUGGUCCUUCAAGAGAUGAAAAUAGAGUCUGUGGACUCCGGCCAGGCAACAGGUGAAGGAUGUGGACACAGGCUGACAGCAACCAGCCAUUCUCUGACGCCCCAAAGUGAUAUGGAUUCCAGUAGCUCUGAGGAAUUCUAUCAGGCGGUUCACCAUGCUGAACAAACCUUCCGAAAGAUGGAAAGCUACUUGAAGCAGCAACAGCUCUGUGAUGUGAUCCUGAUUGUGGGCAACCGCAAGAUUCCUGCUCAUAGGCUUGUUCUCAGUUCUGUCUCUGACUACUUUGCUGCUAUGUUUACGAGUGAUGUUUGCGAAGCCAAGCAAGAAGAAAUCAAAAUGGAAGGCAUAGAUCCUAAUGCCCUCUGGGACCUUGUACAGUUUGCAUAUACAGGUUGUCUGGAACUAAAGGAAGACACUAUUGAAAAUCUUCUUGCUGCUGCUUGCCUUCUUCAGCUUCCACAAGUCGUAGAAGUGUGCUGUCAUUUUCUCAUGAAGCUUUUACAUCCAUCAAACUGUUUAGGGAUCCGAGCAUUUGCAGAUGCUCAAGGGUGUAUUGAACUCAUGAAGGUGGCCCAUAGCUACACAAUGGAAAAUAUAAUGGAAGUUAUCAGAAAUCAAGAGUUUUUACUCCUCCCAGCUGAGGAGCUCCACAAGCUGCUGGCCAGUGAUGACGUGAAUGUUCCUGAUGAAGAAACCAUCUUCCAUGCUUUGAUGAUGUGGGUUAAGUAUGACACACAGAGGAGAUGCAGUGACCUAAGCAUGCUUCUUGCCUUUAUAAGACUGCCACUGCUUCCACCUCAGAUUUUGGCUGAUCUUGAAAACCAUGCUUUAUUUAAAGAUGACCUAGAAUGCCAAAAACUGAUUCUGGAAGCCAUGAAGUACCAUCUGUUACCUGAAAGAAGAACUUUAAUGCAAAGUCCAAGAACUAAACCAAGAAAAUCUACUGUUGGAACCCUGUAUGCUGUAGGGGGAAUGGACAACAACAAAGGUGCUACAACUAUUGAGAAGUAUGACCUCAGAACCAAUUUAUGGAUCCAGGCAGGAGUGAUGAAUGGCAGAAGGUUACAGUUUGGUGUGGCUGUCAUUGAUGAAAAGCUCUUUGUUAUUGGUGGUCGGGAUGGCUUAAAGACCUUGAACACAGUUGAAUGUUACAAUCCCAAAACCAAGACUUGGACUGUUUUACCUCCAAUGUCAACACACAGGCAUGGUUUAGGUGUGACAGUACUUGAAGGUCCAAUUUAUGCUGUUGGAGGCCAUGAUGGCUGGAGCUACCUGAACACAGUGGAGAGGUGGGAUCCACAAAGUCAGCAGUGGACAUUUGUAGCAAGUAUGUCAAUAGCUCGGAGUACAGUUGGUGUGGCAGCACUAAAUGGCAAGUUAUAUUCAGUUGGAGGCCGUGAUGGAAGUUCUUGUUUGAGUUCAAUGGAAUACUAUGACCCUCAUACCAACAAGUGGAACAUGUGUGCACCAAUGUGUAAAAGGAGAGGAGGAGUAGGCGUGGCCACCUGUGACGGUUUUCUUUAUGCAGUAGGAGGUCAUGAUGCUCCUGCUUCAAAUCACUGUUCUCGUCUGUUAGACUACGUAGAAAGAUAUGACCCUAAAACAGACACAUGGACUAUGGUGGCUCCAUUGAGUAUGCCUCGAGAUGCUGUUGGGGUCUGUCUGCUGGGUGACAGGUUAUAUGCAGUAGGUGGGUAUGAUGGACAAUCCUACCUGAACACUAUGGAAUCCUAUGACCCACAAACAAAUGAAUGGACACAGAUGGCUUCCUUAAACAUUGGAAGAGCAGGUGCCUGUGUUGUAGUCAUCAAGCAACCUUGACCUGCUUUCAUUGCUUGGGAUUUGACUCCUGGAGUGAUUAUUUUUCUAUCAGAUAUAAUAAUGGUAACUUUAUAAGAACAUGAUUUUAUGAAAAUUGAGCUACCACUAUCAAAGAAUGUGGAAGAUCAAAAAGAAGGAAAGGGAAUAAGAGAUCAUCAAUUAGUCUGUUUUGGGGACAAAUGUCUGGCCAUAUUGUACUUAGAUGAGGAACUGCUACUGGUACUUUGUUUUGUAGAAUAUAUAAUAACCAGAAAUGCCAAAAGUUGUGUCUUUUUUUUUAAAUCAACCAAUAGAUAGUAAAUAGGUAUUUAUUUUUAGCAUGGCUAUUUUCAAUACCUAUACAGUAUUCAUUUUUAAUGUCAUGUGUUUUAAGAGGAAAUCAACAAUAGUGAUCUUUCAUUGAUCAGGGUAUAUUUGAAUGAGUUAGUAUUUUCCUAAUUGGAUGUGAUUUUUGAAAGGAAGCAAAAUAAUUUCAAUUAAAAUAAAGUUACUUGAGAGGAUUUAUAUUCUUCUUUUUCCUAAAUCAUAAUGAAAAUUGAGCAGAAAUUCUCAAGAUUGCCUCUUCACCUUGGGAAACAAAAUAAAACAUACAAACAACAACAACAACAACAAAAACACAAUUCUCCCUUCAAUCAGAAGUGCACAUCUCACCUGCAAUGGUGAUUGUAUUUUAUUCUGGAUGCCUAAAAGAAUUGAACAAGUAAGAAGGAAAGACUUUUAGUAAGGUUGUCCACAUAAUUUUGUUUGAUAAGAACAUAAGACAAAAAAUUAUGCUUUAACAAUUGACAUUUCCCUUGUGUUGAGUUCAGUGUGUGCAUGUGAGGUAUAGUUCUAGAGUACAUUUUUGCAUGCCUUGCAUGUUAAAGGCCAGAUACUACUUAGAAAAACUAAAAUGUCUGAUCUAGUAAAAUGGCAACAUCAAGGUCUUAAGGCUACAAGUGUGAAAGCAGUCAUCUAAUUCUUACUCCACUACUGACUCUUUUGGGGCCAAUAGCACUGAGUUAUGCAUUCUUUAAUCUGUUCCAAAAACUCUUUGUGAAGAAUAAUUUGCCAUUGAAUAAAAAUUCAAGUAGCAUGGCAAUUUCUUUAGGGAGCCCAUGCAUACUCACAUUUCAACCAACAAAUGGUUGAAAUAAAUAAUAUUUCUGGCAAUGAGUGUUUCAUUCCAUUUCUUUUGAAGUAAAAUUGAGGAGAGAAAAGUCCUGACAGAAUUUAUUAAAAGUACAUUUCUACUGCCUUCCUUAGACCUUGAGCAGUCCAUAUCUGCAUCAUAGGAUCAGAAGCAGAUUCCUCAAAAGUAGACACAGCUGCCAUCAAUAAGAGUCAUUAAAGCUUUCCUUAUUUGCACUCACUUAACAUCAUCAGUACUUAAUGGAGUUUCCACUCACAUAGAAAAAUCAUGUGAUAAGGCUCAGGAGGCAUACAAAGCUAGAGAAGUGGGCAGGAACUGACUGAACAGGGAAUUGCCUCCCACUGAACUAAUGAAAGCAUAUGUUAAGAAUGCAUGAGGCCACAUUUCAGAUUCAGAAGCAUGAGGACAUACUUCUUAUGGGCAUCUUUGUGGUUUCUCAUUUUUAUUGGGUAUUUAUAUUUAUUGAAUAUUCUUAUUGGGUAUUUCUUAUUGCUAAGAUACAUUAAAAUACAAUUCAUCUAAAGGAAAACUAAAAAACUAUGGAUUUUUUAAAAGAUAAAAUGAAGGGAAUACAUAAAUAUUCUUUUAGCUUUCAUAUUGUCUUCGUGGCACCGAGGCAUGUGGAAGGCUCUCAAUGGUUUUAGGGCUAAGUUCAGUAGGGAAUGUUCUACAUACCAAAGUCAUCAACAUAGAUACUAGAGCAGUAGAAGACAGAUCCUAUACUCCAAGAGUUAAUGACAGAGCUAAUUACAGAUAAGGGAGGAUUUCUUUGUACAAGAACUGAGGAGUGAUAUUUUUCCUCCUGGAUCUGGACUGAUGUUUAAGCCAAUUGCCAUCUUUAUGUAAGGCCUAAAACUGGAAAUAUUCAAUGAUAACAAUGAGUUCAUUUGUUUGCUCUUUGUUGUGUUGUAUUUUUUAACUUCUCUAUUUUUAAUCCUCCAGGUUAAAAAAUAUGGCAUUGGGAAGAAGAAGGCUAGGGAUUUCUAAAAUAUAAUAAAGCAUCCAACUAGAUAUCAGAAAUGUUUCUCCUAAUUAGAAAGCAUUAAAAGGAUCAAUGGAAAGUGGUUCAAGUUGUGCUUUAAAUGUAUAUUUAUCAAGCACUCCUGUUAACACUGAUAAUAGGGGGUGCUUUAGUUUUCUCUUUAGAAGAAUUUGGAAUCCCUCCUUAUCCUUAAACUGUACAUAGUUUAUGAUUUGGUCUAACGCAUUUUCCUUUUGGGAAGAAAGGGCAACUUAUAUAGCGAAAUUCCAUUAGUGAAAUGUAGAUAAAAGAACACAUAUCAAAGUACUGUUCUAAUUUUUUUUAAUCUUUACAUUCCUCUAAAUGUAUAGUAUAAAAUGUACAUUUUAGAGAAAUUUGUUUUGAGAAUUUUGAAAAGUCCAAUGUGGUAGUUAUCUCUUUUAUUGAAUAAAAUAAAUGCAUAGUAUCAGUAAAGGAAAAGGUAGAUUUUAAUAUGUUUCUUAUAAUAAGUAAAAUAAAAAUGAAAAUAUUUCUGCUAGCUUUAAAAUUCAUGUAAUAAAUCAUUUCAUUAUUUUAAAUGAAAAUAUUGUUUAAAAUAUGAAUGGUAAAUUCAAUACUUCCCCAAACCAAUCUUAAAAAAUUAUAAUUCACCUAACUGCUUUACUGCAAUGAUUCUCAUGUUCAAGUUAUAACACAUACAGUGACAUUUAAUUCAUUUUGAUGAAAACUCAUUUUUUCUGUUCUGAUUUUCUUUUCUUUUUCUUAUAAUUUUUAUUUCAUAACAUAUGAAAACCAAACUGAGCUCUUUGAUAAGGAAAUGUUUGCUACAGAAUAGUACAUGAAACAAAUUAGUAUGAAGAUGCCCCGAUCUUCCAGAUGAAAUACAAAUUCAAAUUGCAAAAGUUUCUCAUUCCCAAUUGACUCUAUACCAACAAUUAAUUCUACUCCUUUUUUCUUCCAUAUCCAUACCUUCCCUGUCCCUCUCCUUUUCUUUUUUUUUUCUUUAUCUCCCUAUCUUCUUUAUUUCAGUUAGUAUUAUUUGGCCUAAAAGGGUCCAAAUAGGCAUGUGCUGGUAAAUAAAUGUUUCAAAACUAGGUUCUCCAGAAAAAUGAAAAUGUAUGAACACACACUUUUAACUUUAAUUAACUAUUUAUUAAAUCCAAUCAGAAUAAUCAACUAAUCAAUCAAUGAUUUGUAGCUAUUUUCCAUUUCUGAG